UAGUAGAAAUUUCCUGGAUGAUCAGUGCAUCCCGUAACGCAUCCUGCAUAUCCCAAGGGUCAUGACAGGCUUGCCAGCUGCUAGCACCGUUACAGAUUUGACCCCAUGGGUGAUACCAUCCUUUAUCAAUGGCUGCGUCUGCCCAAUCGAUGACCAUGUGUGGACUUAUGGUGCGCUGGACACUGGUGUCGAUGCUCCGCCCACGUUGUACCGCCGCGGACCGGCCAAGCAGCGCGUCAACGGACUGGCACUGAACCUGGACGCUGGCUUUACACACAGGCUCAAAAACCGGCCGGCCAAGGAUCCCAAGAAUUUUCCGCAGCGCUACCAAUUGGCCCCGUUGCGACAAUGGUGUCAGGAGCACCCGGACGUCUUUAGAGAUCCUGCUUGUAGACCAGAAGUCGUCUGCUGGGCUGGAUUGCUGAAAACGAUUAUGCUCACGCCGGCACAUUUGCACAACCCGGAAGCCACAGGGUGGAUCGUGUUGGCCUGGAAAAUCGAAGGAACGCUGUACCUGGCGCACGUGAACCGUCCAGCAAAGCCCGUGGAACAGCCCGCGAUGAAAAAAUCUUCGGAAAAGGAUAACGAAGACACGGAGCGCUACUCAUUCUGGGGCCAGAAGUUCGAGCAGUGUCUCACUCAUUCGAACGAGGAAGCGAACUUCAGCGAUACAUCAGCAGAUAAGACCAGCUACAUCGCGGUCCGAUCGCGCCGAAUUAACGGCAUCAAAGUCCUGUUUGGAGCGGAGAUAGAUUGCCGGGAUCCGGACGGUUCCGGACGCUACGUUGAACUCAAAACAACAUCCGUCGACGCCAUAAGUACCCACCAAGGCAGGAGUAUGAACAAUGCCAAAAACAAUUACUAUCGCUUCAAGAUGCUGAGUUGGUGGGCUCAGUGUUACAUUGCUGCAGUCCCAAAAGUGCUUGUCGGCUACCGGACUGCUGACGGUUGUUGCGUUUCGACCGAUGAAUUCUACACUGAUGAUCUUCCCGCCAAGAGCAAGGCGGCAGGAGCUGAGUGGAACUGCCAAGAUGCUAUUAAUUUUCUGGGUGCCUUUCUGGAUAAGGUGAAAAAGACAGUGAAAGAGGACUAUACAAAGAAUAUGUACACAUUUGAAUGGAGCCCCGGAACGUUAUUAGUCAAAAUCAACAGUAUCACAAAGAACCAACCAAAGAAGAGCAGUUACUGUGAAACAGCAGCGUAAACUCCGGCUAUUGUCCUAAUUAUUUACUUUCCUAUAUUGACGGAUUAUCUAAUGCAGAAUCAGAUAUGUACUUUGAAA